GUCUACUUCCGGUUUAUUUUUCCCUUACAAUAUUGCACAUAGCAAGACUUCCUGCACAGAACCAUCUAACUCCCUAUCAUCGCGGAAGUAUUUGGUCAGGGAAGUCUGUUCCGUGUAGGGAUUACAGCUCGGAUUACAACAAAGGACUCCCACGAAGAUGUGAAAUGAAACACCUGUUUCCGGUCUGAGAAUAGUGACGUUAUCAACAGAUGCAGCUUCCUGUAUGGACCGGAAGGAAGGAACGACAUGGAAUUGUACACACCGAGCUUAUGGAGCAAAAGACAGUCGAAGGCUUCUGUGAUUAAGAGCGUGCUGUCUAUUUACUUCCGGAGUCCAAAGCGAGCUCUCCUGUUGACCCUCCUCCUCUUCUCCGUCAUUCUAAUACUCAGCCAGGUAUGGGGGAUCAUGGGACCUCAGAAGUUCGUCUACAAGUGUUUCGAGGAUUAUGGGUAUCCUCUGAAUAAGACUGUUGUAAACCCGCAUCCCUACAGAUACAUAACUAAUGUGUCUUCAACGUGUAAAAAUAUUCCGGAAGUUUACGUCAUAACCCUCGUCAAAUCCGCAGCGGGAAAUUUUAAACAGAGGCAUUAUAUACGAAGUACUUGGGGAAUUGACGCCAAGAAGAGAAAUCUUAGACUGGUUUUCCUUCUCGGAUACAAUAAAGAGAACCAGUUUAUGGUGGAAUAUGAACGAAACAUGCAUGGCGACAUCGUUCAGCAGGAUUUCCAAGAAAAUUAUUAUAAUAACACAGUUAAGGUUACAAUGGCGCUACACUGGGUUAGUACCUUCUGUAAAAAUGCCAAAUAUAUCCAGAUAGUUGACGACGACAUGUUUCUUAACUUUCAAAACGCUCUAGGAUUCCUUGAGGAAAAAAAGGAGAGUGCUCGAUUUCAUCUGUAUGCGGGCUAUCACAUCCGGGAACCCAUACCAGACCGGAACAUUAAAUCUAAGUGGUACAUACCUCACAACCAUUACUCCUUUGACUGUUUCCCAUCAUACAUAGCGGGGGGAUACGUCCUCAUGAACUUUCGAACUGUCUUAGCAUUCCAGAAAAUCAUUCCGUAUAUUCCAAGUCUCCCCUUUGAUGAUGUAUAUUUUGGCAUUGUUUCUCAAAAACUGUCAAUAAUUCCGUCCCAUAUAAAUAAUUUGGAUGUGAGCAGAAUACAGGCAUCACGGGAGAAAAUCAAGUGCCUUAUAGCUUUACAUGACUAUAAAUCUCUCAGAGAUUUUAUGUAUGCUUACAACGUUACGCAUAAUAGAUUUUUAGAAGGAAGACAUCCAAUGCCCCCCUCAUCAAAUGCCACAGACUGCCUGGACAGGAAGAAUGUCAUGGAAUCGUACUCAAAAAGCUUUUUGAACAAAGGACAGCGGAAGACCUCUGUUGUAAACAGUGUGCUGUCAUCUUACUUCCGGACUCCGAGGCGAGCCCUGUUGUUGUCCUUUACUUUCUUUCCGGUUCUAUUACUACUGGCGCAGAUAAGUGUGGUUCUGUUCGGGUCCCAUAAGUUCGUCUACAAGUGUAACGAGGAUUAUGGGUAUCCUCUGAAUAAGACUGUUGUAAACCCGCAUCCCUACAGAUACAUAUCAAACGUGUCUUCAACGUGUAAAAAUAUUCCGGAAGUUUACGUCAUUACCCUCGUCAAAUCAGCAGCGGGAAAUUUUAAACAGAGACAUUUUAUACGAAGUACUUGGGGAAUCGACGCCAAGAAGAGAAAUCUUAGACUGGUUUUUCUUCUGGGAUACAAUAAAGAGAAUCAGUAUAAAGUUGAAUAUGAACAGAACAUGCAUGGCGACAUCCUUCAACAAGAUUUCCAUGAAAGUUACUAUAACAACACAAUCAAAGUAACCAUGGCGCUUAACUGGAUUAGUACCUUCUGCAUUAAUGCCAGAUACGUUCAGAUAGUUGAUGAUGAUAUGUUUCUUAAUAUUCAAAACGCCCUGGAUUUUCUUCAGGACAAGACCCAAAGUGUUCGAUAUUAUUUCUAUGCGGGUUAUCGGAUACGUGACCCAAUACUAGAACGAGACAUCCAAUCCAAGUGGUACAUACCUCAAACCUAUUACUCCUUUGACUGUUUCCCAUCAUACAUAGCGGGGGGAUAUGUCCUCCUGAACAUAAGAACUAUCAUUGCAUUCCAGAAAAUCAUUCCACACAUUCCCAGUUUGCCCUUUGAUGAUGUAUAUUUCGGCAUUAUAUCACAGAAACUCUCAAUAACACCGUUUCAUAUAAAGACUUUGGAUGUGAGCAGAACCCCAAUGUCACGUGAUCGAAUUAAGUAUCUAAUAGCCUUACAUGACUAUAAAUCACUAGAGGAUUUUUUGUAUGCUUACAGUGUAAUACACAAUAUAUUUUAAAAAGGAAAAUUAGAA